AUGGUGACUCACACCUUAUCAGAAGUUUUGAGAUCAGCAGGGCUACCGUCUCACUCUUCUGCAAUUUCUCAGCAUUCUAAGGGAAGUAAAUCACCAGAUUUGCUGAUGUAUCAGGGUCCACCAGACACUGCAGAAAUAAUAAAAACAUUGCCUCAGAAAUAUAGAAGGAAACUUGUGUCUCAAGAAGAAAUUGAAUUUAUCCAACGUGGAGGUCCAGAGUAAUCACUGUGGCUGCUGUUUGUCAUCAGACAAAAGAAUUAUCUUUACAAUAAAUAACUUCUAAAAUGAAAAAUGAGAAAUUGUAUAUUAAGCAACUUUAAUAGAUAUUCUGUAAAAAAAGAGAUAUAGAAAAUUUAAAUGGACAUUUGUAUCUCCUAAUUUAUGUAUCUUGGUCAGCUUCUCCACAAGCUUACCUAAUUAAUUGUUUAUAUACUUUAUACUUAUUAAAGUAUACAUUUUUAAAUGUUA